ACCUGAACUGGAUGCAGGCUUACAGCGACCUGCUUCGACCCGGAAAGUUUAAGUAGACGCCCCAGAUUCACGACUUCCGGUUCCGGUUUUGGGUUGCUGCCUGUCCGCCUUCGCUAUGGAAGAACCAGAGAUGCAGCUGAAGGGCAAGAAAGUCACAGACAAGUUCACUGAGAGUGUCUAUGUCCUGGCCAAUGAGCCAUCAGUGGCCCUGUACCGGCUACAAGAACAUGUGCGCCGCUCACUGCCGGAGCUGGCCCAGCACAAGGCUGACAUGCAGAGGUGGGAGGAGCAGAGCCAGGGCGCCAUAUACACCGUGGAGUACGCUUGCAGUGCUGUGAAGAGCCUGGUGGAUAGCAGUGUGUACUUCCAUAGUGUGGAAGGCCUGCUCAAACAGGCCAUCAAUAUCCGGGACCACAUGAACACCAGCGCCCAGAGCCACAGGUAGCACCAGCCACCUGCUCCCACCCCAACCCCAGUCUCACUACCCUAACCAGUGGGCUGUCCAGAUGUUCCUUGGCAUCUAUGGCACAAGUAUCCUAUAAUUCAGUGACCUGUGAGGAACACAGUGGUGCCUGAUUGACAGGCUCACAGAGACAGUGACUGAGAAACACAGGUCAGAGGACGUGUAUGGGCAAGGAACAGCCUUCUGGCAUCCCUAGGGAAUGUGACCAGAGCAAGGCCCCAAGUUGGCACUCCGUCCAUAAAAGGAGCAAAAGGAAUGAUUUAGUGGGAAGUUGAGAUUGGCUGGGAACUGUACUCUCCACCCUGCCCUGCCGUGGUUUCUCCAGCUGAUGGAGUGAAAUGAAAGCACCACUGUCCUCGGAAGUUUUGUGUUGGUUAUAACUCAAUAAACACAUAGCUGCCCUGCA